GUUUUCGAGAAAAAUGAAACUGGAUAUUUAAGACACUCAAUUGAAAUGCGUAGUUCUGAAUAAGUGGAAUAAAAGAAAGAAAAUAAGUUGAUGUGUAUUUCUUGACAUCAUGGCAAAAUUACAAAGAUUCCUGAAGCUCAACGAUCGAUUUGAUUCUCAAGUGUUCACGUUUGUUCUUCCGGCAAAGCUUGCAACGGACGAUAAUCCUGAUUUGUACACAAAAGACGUCGUUUACGGCUACCAUAAGUGGACCGUCAGUUUCAUUCGCACAGACGUACAUUUAGGAUGCUUUCUCAAACUUCAGACGGCUGGGAAUGGCAUGAAGUGCAAGAUCGACUUCUCGUUUACAUUACUGAACCGAGAACACUUCACGAGAAACGAAACAUUUAUAGAAAAGGCGUGUAUAUUUACACAGGAGUCCAAUCAACAUGGGCGAAAGACCUUUAUUGGGUUGAAUGAUUUAUUGGAAAGAGAGUUCGCUCAAGUAACUGGCGAUUAUCUCAUAGAAUUAGAAAUGAGAAAAAUAAAUUGCAUCUUCGAGUGUUUCAUACGGCUUCCAAAGGAGCAGCAACACAAUCGCUUACAGACGUACGAAACGAGGCUUGAAUCAUCGUAUUUCACGUAUGGCCUUUUUGACUGGAGCCUUUCCCUAUUCGAAAACGAAGCGACUAUGCAACAAGACGAAUGUAUAACUUUGCGACUUCAUCGACAUACUAGUUUUGACCACGUAUGCAAUGUCAGGUAUUAUAUCAGUAUCGGCGAGAAUGACGAAUUCCAGUCCGAAGAGCUUGACCAGCUUGUUGACCUUACAGGGAAUGGUGACCUCUACGUUGUGAACGGGUCACUCCAGCAGCUUGCCAAGGGAAGGUCAUCGCUCAAGAUCAAAGUCAGCAUGGUCUCCGUUGUUUCAAUAAGCGAAGUGAUCUUAAAUGUGUCUGUCGCAGGGAAGACCCGAUCUCACUUAUACGACAAGGAUAAACAGGCUUGGAUGAUGGAGGCUGACACGAGCGGGAAGACGCUUUCAUUCCGUCUAUACUAUACAGAUAUCACCCACGUGCCUCGCAAGUACAGCCGCUACGUCUGUUGGAACGUGUUAGUCCUGACAAGGUACAUUCCAGAACACAAUAUGAGGACCAACUACGGACCUUUUAGCCGGUAUUAUAUACAGCAAGACUUGGACGAAGGCCACCUUAUUGCAACUUCCAUUCCCGUUGAUGAUCUGCAGGACGACAAGUGUCUGUUUACGGAGCAUGGCGACCAAGCAAUCACCGUGCACGUAGAAUGGGUUGACUCACACUUGCUAGCAACGCCCACUUAUCACGCAUUUGAUGACGUAGACAAGCUUCAGAAGCAACAGAUGAAGAGAGAAAUUCUUGCUCUUCAGUCCGAGAAUCUCGUGUUGGAGAAGCAGCUUCACAGCUAUCAAAUGUCGCUGUCAAAAUCUUCUGACAAGGACUUUGUAUUUUCGACCGGAAGUGUUUCCGACAAAGCAUCCACAACGUCGGAACGGGCGCCUGUCUCCAAAGAGAGAAGGCCAUCAGGGGACAGACGUAACAGUUUAAAUGACAAGUCUACUAAUCCAAGAAAGUAUGAUAUACCAAUGCCAACUGACGUUAUUUCUGACAAAUAUUCUCCUGGUCCUGAUAGGGUAAAAUCUCCUGCUGAAAAGGUACCCGCUUUUAAAUACAGUAACUUACCAGAACAAUACGCAUACUUAAGAGAAAAAUCCAGCGGAAUGUCUAUGCUUGCAAACGACAAAAUACAAUCCAGUGUGGGCAAACUGGAUUCAGGGUCAGAUAAAUAUACUCCUCUAGCAGAGAAACCUAACAAGCCCGCUGAUAAAUACAGCGGCAUGACGGCCGAAAAAUAUGGCGUUUUAAUAGAAAAAACGCACUCACGCUUCGAUAAAUCUAAUCCGUUGUCUGAUCGAGACGUCUUAGACAAACAAAGUCCCCUGAGCGACAGAUAUUCAAUUGCUGUAGACAAAUCACAAUCAGUUUUAGACAAAUAUGACGAUGCAUAUGAUAAGUGUGUUGAUCCCUACGCUGACAAAAGGUCAAAUGGUACAAAUCAUACUGGCGUCGUCAAGUACGGUCCAAUUAGAGACAAAACGUAUACCUUUGAUAAAUACAACAGCUCGAACGACAGGACAUUCAAUACAGCAGAAAAACCAUAUGGCACUUUAGACAAAUAUUCCACACCGGAGGAUAAGACGUAUUCUUCAACUGAGAAAAACGUCUCACCGCCUGAAAGGUUACCAUCUGCUGGAAAGUAUAGCGUGACAAUAAAUGAAAGAGCCAACUCCUCUUCGUCGGAUAGAUCAGAAAGAUACGGAACAGUGGAUUUGACAUAUUCGAAUGUAGAUAUAUAUGAAUAUACGCAGGACCAGGCCAAACCUCACGACAGCCCCAAAACGUCCUCCUACGAUGAAAGAAAGGGCUCAAAGGAAAGUAUUAAGCGGGAAGGAAGAAGACGUUCCAGGGAGAGAGGGCAUGAUAAGAAAAGCUCAAAUUCUGGGGAAAGGAUCUCGUACCGAUACAGAUAA